AUGGCAGAGGUGAGAAGAGAUUGGUAUGGCAGUUGUUUUUUUUGCGGGUGUUUUCGGGGUCUUCGUGUGAGGAAUGUGGUGGAGUCUCCUCUGUCACACAGUGCACUGCUCUUACUCAGUCACGGAAACGCCUCAAUUCUUACAACCCAGCUACACAGAGACUGAUGAAAUGCACGAAGAAUGCACUAUGUAUCUGUCUAUCUAUCCAAAUGACAUUGUCUCUCCGUCGUCCAUCAACGCAUCAGCCCCAUAGAAAAACCAUUGGCUCAAUCUUUGAUGGAUAUGAAAUCUCUGUGGUCGGGUCCUUUUUUUUAGGAUUUUCAGACUUCAGCAAUGAGUAAAGACUGCCAAUCUGCCAUUCUACUUUUCAGUGUGUUACUAUACCUUUAUGUUGAUUUUGAUUACAUUUGGUCGCUGACUUUCUCAUUUUCAUGCUUCACAGGGAGAAAAAACAGAAAAUUCAAGACAUAAAGAACAAUAUAAAGGAAGCUAUAGAGGUAAGUAAUUGGUACUGUUUUCUGCUCAUUUCUCCCUCUUGUUUUCAUUGUUUAUAUGAGUAGUCACUACUAGUAGCCCAAUAGAGGAAAUCCUUCAAAUGUUUUAUGUAUCGAUUUAGAAAAAAAAUAUCCGUAUUUUUCUGAGUCGUUUUUUUAAAGCAAUGUCUUUCCAUUUUUCCUUAAUUCCAGACUAUAGUGACAGCCAUGAGUACACUCACACCCCCAGUCAAGUUAGCCAACCCAGCACACCAGUUCCGAAUCGAAUACAUCCUGAACCUAGUAAAUCAGAAGGAUUUCGAAUUUACGUCGGUAAGUAUUUUUCUAUCUAAUUAACAAUCACACGCUAUCUCUGUCAUGUUGGCAUGUUUCAGGGUUUUUCUCUGACGUUGCACAUCAGGAAGUCACCCUCUGGAGACUGCAGUAAAAGAGGUGGUCCAAUGAACCACACUCACUUGAUGAGUAAUUUUGCCUUGGCUCAGUGGGCUAAAACAGUCUGGUUCGAACUAAUUGGAUACUGCUGUCUCAUUCAGAGUUUGUGUCCCAAAAGAUAAUCUCCAUCUCAAGGUUUUCAACUGUUGAAACUAUGAACAUUAGUCAAACUGGCUGCUAAUGUGAUAUAGGUCUACGUUUUUGAAUUUCAAAGGAAGAACUCUUAAGACGAGGCAGGAUGGAAUAGGCCAGUCAGUGAAUGGAGGAAUGGGUAAAUACGUGGAAAUAUUGGACUAUAAAUUGUUCCUUCCUGUAUUAUACUUAUGCUCAAAUGUUUAUUCUAUUCUACUGAGCCAUUUACUUCAUGUUCGUAUUCUUAUCUUUUAUUAUUUCUUAUUGUUGUUGCAUUGUCAAGAAGGAACCUGCAAGUAAGCAUUUCGUUGGACGAUGUAUACCAUGUGUAUCCUGUACGAUUAAUACAACUUUAAACUUGGGCCAAUAAGUUCCGAGUCAAACAUCACAUCAGUCACGGUAGCUACUACAGUAUGGUGUCUGUCUGUCUGUUUGUCUGUCUGUUUUGUGGUUCAGUAAUUAGCAGGUGUACUCCCCUUGGGAUGCUCACAAUUGAAUGAGGCUCUCACCUGAGAGUUGCACAGCCUGUGCCUGUUAACACUGAUUGUGUUUAAUAACCCUAAAUGGGUCUGAUGGGAGUUCACCUCUGAAACACCCUCCAAACUGUAUGUUCCCAGGGCAGACAGGCAGGCAGACCGGCAGGCAGACCGGCAGGCAGGGUAAGCAAGCAGGCAGGCAGACACCCAGGCAGGCAAGGCCUGUAAAGGUGUUCACUGCAAGUAAGCCUAAAAUUCCAAUCCAGGUUAAAUGUAAUUUCUAAAGUGAUUUAUGACCAAUAUGUAGAAGACCAAGACACCAUGUGCAGUAUGUUAAUAACUUGUUCUGAUUCUGAAUCAGAAGUUGUAACUAGGGCUGAAACAACUACCAUGUACAGUGGGGAAAAAAAGUAUUUAGUCAGCCACCAAUUGUGCAAGUUCUCCCACUUAAAAAGAUGAGAGAGGCCUGUAAUUUUCAUCAUAGGUACACAUCAACUAUGACAGACAAAUUAAGAAAAAAAAAUCCAGAAAAUCACACUGUAGGAUUUUUAAUGAAUUUAUUUGCAGAUUAUGGUGGAAAAUAAGUAUUUGGUCACCUACAAACAAGCAAGAUUUCUGGCUCUCACAGACCUGUAACUUCUUCUUUAAGAGGCUCCUCUGUCCUCCACUCGUUACCUGUAUUAAUAGCACCUGUUUGAACUUGUUAUCAGUAUAAAAGACACCUGUCCACAACCUCAAACAGUCACACUCCAAACUCCACUAUGGCCAAGACCAAAGAGCUGUCAAAGGACACCAGAAACAAAAUUGUAGACCUGCACCAGGCUGGGAAGACUGAAUCUGCAAUAGGUGAGCAGCUUGGUUUGAAGAAAUAAACUGUGGGAGCAAUUAUUAGGAAAUGGAAGACAUACAAGUCCACUGAUAAUCUCCCUCGAUCUGGGGCUCCACGCAAGAUCUCACCCCGUGGGGUCAAAAUGAUCACAAGAACGGUGAGCAAAAAUCCCAGAACCACACAGGGGGACCUAGUGAAUGACCUGCAGAGAGCUGGGACCAAAGUAACAAAGCCUACCAUCAGUAACACACUACGCCGCCAGGGACUCAAAUCCUGCAGUUCCAGACGUGUCCCCCUGCUUAAGCCAGUACAUGUCCAGGCCCGUCUGAAGUUUGCUAGAGUGCAUUUGGAUGAUCCAGAAGAGGAUUGGGAGAAUGUCAUAUGGUCAGAUGAAACCAAAAUAGAACUUUUUGGUAAAAACUCAACUCGUCGUGUUUGGAGGACAAAGAAUGCUGAGUUGCAUCCAAAGAACACCAUACCUACUGUGAAGCAUGGGGGUGUAAACAUCAUGCUUUGGGGCUGUUUUUCUGCAAAGGGACCAGGACGACUGAUCCGUGUAAAGGAAAGAAUGAUUGGGGCCAUGUAUCGUGAGAUUUUGAGUGAAAACCUCCUUCCAUCAGCAAGGGCAUUGAAGAUGAAACGUGGCUGGGUCUUUCAGCAUGACAAUGAUCCCAAACACACUGCCCGGGCAACGAAGGAGUGGCUUCGUAAGAAGCAUUUCAAGGUCCUGGAGUGGCCUAGCCAGUCUCCAGAUCUCAACCCCAUAGAAAAUCUUUGAGGGAGUUGAAAGUCCGUGUUGCCCAGCGACAGCCCCAAAACAUCACUGCUCUAGAGGAGAUCUGCAUGGAGGAAUGGGCCAAAAUAGUGUGUGAAAACCUUGUGAAGACUUACAGAAAACGUUUGACCUGUGUCAUUGCCAACAAAGGGUAUAUAACAAAGUAUUGAGAAACUUUUGUUAUUGACCAAAUACUUAUUUUCCACCAUAAUUUGCAAAUAAAAUCAUAAAAAAUCCUACAAUGUGAUUUUCUGGAAUUGUUUUUCUCAUUUUGUCUGUCAUAGUUGACGUGUACCUAUGAUGAAAAUUAAAGGCCUCUCCAUGUAACUGUGUAACCGAUGGUUAUGGAAGAAGUAAAAUAACCGUCUAAAUAUAUAUAUAUAUUGUACUGAGUGUACAAAACAUUAGGAACACCUGCUCUUUCCAUGACAUAGACUGACCAGGUGAAAGUUAUGAUCCCUUAUUGAUGUCACUUGUUAAAUCCAAUUCAAUCAGUAUAGAUGAAGGGGAGGAGACAGAUUAAAUAAGGAUUUUUAAGCCUUGAGACAUGGAUUGUGUAUGUGUGCCAUUCAGAGGGUGAAUGGGCAAGACAAAAAAUGUAAGUGCCAUUGAACGGGGUAUGGUAAUAGGUGCCAGGCGCAUCGGUUUGAGUGUGUUAAGAACUGUAACGCUGCUGUGUUUUUCACGCUCAACAGUUUCCCUUGUGUAUCAAGAAUGGUCCACCACCCAAAGGACAUCCAGCCAACUUAACACAACUGUGGGAAGCAUUGGAGUCAACAUGGGCCAGCAUCCCUGUGGAACACUUUCGACACUUUGUAGAGUCCAUUCCUCGACGAUAUAUAUAUAUUAUUUUUGGGGGAAAGAACCGCUGACUAAAGACGGGACGGCCGGGCAUUCGUGUGGUUGAGUAAGAAAGGUGUUAGAGCAAACGAUGAAUAGAAUGGGCUUAGAACCUCUAACCCUGGCAAUUUGACUGGUAAACUCAUAGAAGCGGUAAAGGUCAAUCGAACUCGACCAAAACAAUGGAAUUGCCGUGGAAACGUUUGGGGGAAAGAUCCCGAGUCUCCUCAUUGCCCCCCAGCAAAAAUGUGUCUACAUUUAAGCUGUGUUUAUAUGUGUAUGAGUAUAAUGCUUGUAUGGAUUUCAACCCCAACACAAACACAUGUUCAUGUCGUUGUUACCAAUCAACUGCAUUACAGUUCAAAAACAACUUUGACUAUCAUCAACUAUUUCUGAAUGCUAGCUAUGCUAACCAGCUUAUAUGAAUGGGAGUUAGCAUUUAGCAGUCACUUCUUCUAAACCUGAAAAUGGACAACUUCUACAUGUUAUGCAGUGAAAACAGCCAAAUAUAUCAAAAUCGGACUUAAGUAAGCUUAUUGUGGGCCUGUUACAAUACAUAAAUCAUGACGGAUUUGACGAAUAUCCACUUUGUUAGAUCAGAUUUGUUGAAUGUGCGCCGAUCUGGUCAAUGGAACGUCUGCGUUCCAUUGACUCCUUUACCGCAUCUAUGGGUACACUCGCAAUGGCUGCCUUGGAUUGUGAUGCAAUAAUUUCCACGGUAAUGUAGAAUGUUCAUUCAAAUGAUGUUAACUGAUGUGGCUCAUGCAAUGGAAUGUAUUGUUUGUAAUGUCAGUUGAGUUGAAACAAGAAAUCACAGCACAUAUUGAUGGGUGCACUUCCUGCUUUUACUUGCUGCUUUUACUUGCUGCUUUGCUCCUAUGGGUAGCCUACAUUCGCAAUGGCCACCAGUCCACCCAUUAUACCAUCAUUGACUUGAAUGCCAUCAUUGACUUCUAUAAUUACAGAGAACGCGGUCAUUCGGUUGGCCAAUUACCGUCAUCCAAAAUUCCAUGACCGUCACAGCCCUCGUUGCAACAUUAGGUUUGCCCUGAUGCGUUCUAUAGAUUUGAGGAUCUUUCAUAUGGUCUGUUGCUGUGCCAAAGGAAUCUAUGUCAAUCAACACUAAAUAUAUGGUGGAUUGGAAUGUCUGUGGCUACUGACUACUUCUCUGAAGCAUCUAACUGAUUACAUGAAUGUGGGUUUGUGUGUGUUUGGGCAGAGAAAACUAUCUGAUAGGCUUCUGCCUCCUCCUCCCUCUCCCCCCCCCCCCCCCCCAUCUCCUGGCCCUAGGCUAGGGCCUACCAGGAACCAGUCUGACUGGUUGACUGCCUGCUGCUCCGCUUUGCUUGGGCUUCUAACAGGGAACAGGGAGACUGACGGGGAGAGGAAACCCUGUAGAGAAGAGAAGGAGAGGGCUGCUGAGCUUAGCUGAUGUCCUGAAUAUACUGUAUCCCAGUGUUUGCCUUACCAUUGUACAGCCCACAACCCUGAAAGAGUUUGGCUUAUUCUAUGUAACGGCCUUGUGUCUCAGUAAAAUUGUGUCCAUGUCUCAAUGAACUUGCUGAACCUCUAUGUUCAUUUUCCUCAUCUGUCUCCUCUCCUCUUCUGUCCUUCUCUAAAUAUAACACUAGUUUGAACCAGGAGAGGCGUCUCGCUGUCUGUCUGUCUGUCUGUCCUCAGCUAUGUACGCUGAUGGGAUACCUCGUGAAUAGGGACAGGAGUUUUUUUCCUACCUGGUUAGGCAACGUGGUUAGGUGAAACACCUGGCCCUGCUACUGAAUCACUAGCAUUCAACUGCUCCUUGAUGUCAGGAUUGCGGUGUGUUCAGAGUGAGACUGACAGAUAAUAACAUUUCUGUUUUGUUUGGUUUGCAUUUUGGUAGUUAUAUCAAUUGUCAUGUAGGCCUCUGUCUUACUAUUGUCCAGAAGCCUAGUUGGGAAUUCUUAGAGAGUCCUUGUCAGUUGGAAAGGGAAAGUUCUGUUCUGUUAUCGUGUUGCUGUCCCUCAUUGUUCAUGUGUAGGCUUCUUGAUUUGAAGAAUGUUUGGUUCCCUCUGUAUCUCGUGUCCUGCGCCCACUCUGUCCUCCACUCACCAAUGUCAACAUGGCAGCGUCUUCCGAAGGAAUGGGUACAGCUGUAGGUUCAAUGAGACCACUAAAAGGAAUACAGAUGCAAUGCCCGCCCCAAAUAUGUUAUUUUACAGACAAAAAAAAGCGUUCUGAUUGGUUGAAUUAAUGUUGAAUUCCAAAUCGACUCCUAGCCUCCAUGCUAGCCCAGGGAUGGCCAACCCUCCUGGGCAGCUCCUGUAGGAUUUUGUUUGUCUAACUUUAACACAUAUGAUUAUACUAAUUAGCUCCUCCUCAGGAUUAACUGGUGAGGUGUGCUAUAAUAGGACUAGAGCAAAAGCCUGGAGAAGUUAGAUAGGAUAGAUUUAAGCAAUCAUUGAUUAAUCUUGCCUUCUGAUAGGCUUGGGGAAAUGUUCACCAUAUUCCUCAAUUAUUCAUUAUUUCAGAUCUACAGGAGUGCCGAGGGGCUAGGGCCUAGGCAUCCAUUUUUCUAUUGCCUAAAUGAAAUGAAUACCUGAAAUGUAAGCAAUGUUGAAGGACUUCUCUAAUCUGAGUUGGGUCCAAGUUGGCAACCGGUUCACUUCUCUACCCAUGGACUGUCCUGAUCCAGCUCUCUGUGUUGUGUCGUUCUGCAGGAGUUCUAUGAGCAUGCAAAGACCCUAUGGCAAGACGAGGGGGUGAAGGCCUGCUUCGAGAGAUCCAAUGAGUACCAGCUGAUCGACUGUGCACAGUAGUAAGUACCCAGUCAUUUUCCCUCUGUCUGACAUGCUGUGUAACACAUUUUUUUAUGCUUACUCUGAAUUCAUAUCAUCAAUUCAAGACUCUCUAACUUAAGUACAGGUUUACUAUGCAUUUUCUUUUCAUUUAACUCUUCUGUUGCAAACGUAUUAUAUUUGUCCAGCUGACAAUGGCAACCCGAAUGUACAGUAUGGCUGUUGUUGAGAUUGUCUUGCAGUAGCGUAGGUAUUUAUUUGUGUAGCUGGUGAUUUGUGCACUUACAGUAUAGGUUCAUUGUGGCUGUGUUGGGAGAGGUUUUUACAGUAGAGCUUCCCUUUCCCUCCUCCUCGGCUCCUAGCUUCUCUUUUCUGGAAUUCUUUCUUAUCCGUCCUUUGAUCUCUGUCAGGCCUGUCUCUGUUAUAAGUCAUGCAAUGGUCACAUGAACCCAGAGUUAUUGGAAGGCAGAUGCUCUUGGAGCUUUGCAGCAAGAUGAUCAUGAAAACUCUCCCUUGUAUGAAAUGUGGUUCUGGUUAGGGCUGGGUAAUAUAUUGAAUUCAUUUGAUUAAUUUGAACGUAUGUUUUAGCACAAUGUUCCAAAUGCCUGUAUCGCAAGAAUCAAGGUUUGACUUUUUCCCCAUUUUUAUUAGUGUUUGACUUUUUGGUCUCGCCUCCUUCGCUCCUUCUGUGCUGUGUGCACUUGUGCAACUUCCCACUCGCACACAGACACCAAGCCCCUCCCCCCUGCCACUCACAACAACAAAGAGACGAAAUAUCACUUCUUCCUCUCUGACAGCAAGCGGUUUCAACUCGCUAUUUGCAUUUGAGGUUUGGUCCAACAUAAAUCGGUCAUAUCGACACGAAACACAUUGAAACAUUAUUUUAUUGUAAUGGAGGAGAACUUAACCUUUGUAACGAUACCCUUUUUAUGUCUCAACUCCCAAAAUGUAGAACAGUGCAGACCCUAGUAAGACAGGAGUAUCAAGGAACAUUAUUGUGGAAAAUAAACCAGGUACUAGCAUUUUAGCCACAUACUGUUAUGUGCUAGCUGUCUAGUCUGUGUUUUAUAAAUGUGCAAUGAGCAUAAAAAUAUGUAUUUGUAUAAGGAAUUGGCAACUCAUUCUGAGUUUCUCAUUCUGAGAAAUAAGCAUCUUCUUAUCCAGGUAGGCCACUUGAUUUCAACAUCUAAACAAAGUGAACAGGCUAGACAGUUGGAGAUAGACGAGAGGGUGUAUCCAUAACAGUUCAACUGUUCUACCUUGUUAGCAUGCAAUUAGCUCCAAGUUGGCUAGACUUUAAAUAUAAAGGUAAGCUGGCUACACACUAGCAGUGGACUUGUGCUUGAGAGAUUGUUUAUGAGCCUGUGUUAAUUUUCUACAAUGCCUGCUACCAGAAGUUGGUCAUUAUUAGUGGAUCUGCAUUGUGCACGGUUUUGGUUACUUUUGUAACAACAUUUUUAUUUUCAUAGACAGUCUUGAAAGCCAGAUCAGUGAUUAUUGCAAAAACGCAGGUUAAACUAUUUUUUAUAAAAUAAUUAAAUGAUUAGUGGUUCUUAUGGUUGAAGGCUUAUAUUUAGCCUAGGUAUAAUUUUUCAAGUCCUGAAUUCAUUAGAUUAUCCCCGACUGUUUGAAAUGCGGUGUAUUGACCUUUAAUUGUUCAACAAAGCUUAUUUAGAGAAACGUAAAACAAAAUCGAAAUAUAUAUCGGGAAUCGCCCAUAAGUUGGAUAAAAUCGAGAUCUGAUUUUUAGGUCAUAUCACCCAGCCCUAAUUGUGGUUUGUUAUUCUGAGCACUGGGAUGGGACCUGCUCCUGGACCGUCAAAGACAGGCAGGCAGGCAAGCAGACAGACAUGCAGGCAGACAGACAGUUACGUGCAGGCUAAAUGGAGACGUACAGAGAGGGGUCUUUCCUGCAUUGCGGGGUAGGUAUGUCAGCCCUCUCCUCCUGUCUCCCAUACCCAGAAGCCCAGCAGCCCAGCCUGUGUUGUGGAUUAGAUGCUGGGCUGGUUGGCCAGACCGGAAGUGCUCCCCUUCCCCCACUGUAUGCUUAUGUAAACGGAGAAGCCGAGAAAGAGAGAGCUAUUUUUAACUCAGGCUAGCUGCAGAAGGAGAAAGAAUGUGUGUGUGUGUGUGUGUGUUGGGGAAAGAGAGACAACUUUAGCAUCAUUGAUGAAGGUGUCGGCGUGAAAUGAAAAUCUCUGUCUGAGUUGGUGAGGGAAUGUGUGGUCCUCUGUAGCUCAGCUGGUAGAGCACGGCGCUUGUAACGCCAAGGUAGUGGGUUCGAUCCCCGGGACCACCCAUACACAAAAAUGUAUGCACGCAUGACUGUAAGUCGCUUUGGAUAAAAGCGUCUGCUAAAUGGCAUAUUAUUAUUAUUAUUAUUAUUAUUAUAAUGUCAAGGCCCUCCCUCUGUAGUGUCCCCCCCUCUCUGUGGCUGUGAUAAGGACUCGGCUGAGGAGAUUGAAAUGGCAAUGCAGCCUCAGUCAGAUGGAGGCAGGCUCAUGGAAUACCUUAUUUUCUGUUAUCGUCAGAUUGUUAGGUUUUGAUGUGGUUGUCUGUGUUGUUUUUAAUUAAGGAUGUUUUGUAUCUUAAUCAUUUUAGCAAUACCAGAAAGCUAAUUAUUCUUAGUUUACAGUGCAACAGGGUGACAUUUUGAUUCUCCAAAAACACUGAAAUAUAGGCUACCACUUCAUAUACUCCUCUCAGUAUUUAUUUCACAACACCCAUGUGAUUGUGCUCCUGAGUGGCGCAGUGGUCUAAGGCACUGCAUCGCAGUGCUAGCUGUGCCACUAGAGAUCCUGGUUCGAAUCCAGGCUCUGUCAUAGCCGGCCGCGACCGGGAGACCCAUGGGGCGGCGCACAAUUGGCCCAGCGUCGUCCAGGGUAGGGGAGGGAAUGGCCGGCAGGGAUGUAGCUCAGUUGGUAGAGCAUGGUGUUUGCAAUGCCAGGGUUGUGGGUUCGAUUCCCGCGGGGGGCCAGUAUAAAUAAUAAUGUAUGCACUCACUAACUGUAAGUCGCUCUGGAUAAGAGCGUCUGCUAAAUGACUAAAAUGUCAAAUGUAAAUGUAAAUGAUUGCAUCGCGUGCCACAUGUAUCUUUAUCAUUUCAUUUUAUACCACAUACAUUAUCACCCUCCUCUCAUGUCCGUCACAUAUAAUGCCUAGAAGUUCUGAAAUGGCUGUUGUUACAAGUAUUACUUAUUUGUGUUGUCAAAAUGGGGUCAUAGUGUCUUUCUGUAACUGAGCACCACAUUUUAAUUCCUCAACAAUAGUGAUAAAACACGUUACGUUGCAGAUUCUUGAGAGAAAACCUUUACCGGAUCCCGUUAUGAAUUGGGGGUCAAUUUGGGGAGUGCCUUGAAAAGUUCCAACAGUAACAUGAAGACGAUACUGUAGUAUAAAUAGGAAACCAAACAGAGACCCAAAAUAAAAUGUCAACCAGUUUUGUUCUGUGGUUUAGACCUACUGAGAGCAGGGUAAACCUGCAUAAAUCUCAGUCCUACAUGAAUGUCACAAAAAAGGGGGGUUUGAAAUAAAUGUCAAUAUAACAAAUGUCACUAUGUAUUAGGAGUUUUGCAGUCAUAUUUGACAAUUAAUCUGUCAAAUGCAUUUUCAAUUGUUCGCUUUGGCCUAAUUCUGUAUUCCACACUAAAGUUGAUAAACUAGGCCUCAUUUUGCAUUUGUAGCUCAGAUUUCCUGAUAAGGUUUGCACGUAAACUCACUAGAUAAUUCAGUGAACAGCACUGGGAAGUGAAUUUGCGACGCCGCAGCGAAAGCAGAGAGGUUGUUGAGCUGUUCCCCUCAGGCUGCUGUGGAGAGCUUUCUGUGGAAAUGCUGAGGAAAUGGAGCUGUGUGGAGUAGCCUAGCCAACUAGCCGCUGUCGUACGUAUCAGAUGAGCUAUUGACCAUUCAGUCUGACCUGUCAAUGCUCUCCGCGUUUGACGCUACUAUAAUGUGGCGUAGCUUUCUCUCAAAGCCACACUAUCUUUACUCCUCUAUACACUGUUCUCUUGGUAAACUAUUCUCUCCCAUUCUCUCCCUCUCCGGUUUGCAGGGACAGAAAAUGGCUGGGACUGAGUCACUGAGUCAUCACAUGAGGGAGGGAGGGAGAAAGGUUUCACUGGAAACAGGGUUUGAGGAGAGUGUAAAAGCGCUUUUCAAACUGAAAGCCCUGGUCGUGUGUGUGUAUUUUCGUGUAGGUGCACACACUGCACAAUGCAUAUCUAAAAUCGUCCCUAGGCUAUUUAUCAAGCUGACUGCAUUUCCAGCGUGAGAAUAGGUAAACAGUUGUUGGUUCCAGCUGUAUGGCUGUAACACUGUUAGCGCGUCUCACAACUUUCCUGGUCUGCGUACGUAGCUACGUUGUUGCGAUCCCAGUCGGUUGUGAUUUCUAGAAUGCUCUCCUGUUUAGAGCCUGUGUUGCCCCUUUCCUUCUCUAUUUCCAGCAUUCUGUUCUUCACAGCCCUCCCUUUGCUGGCCUCUCUCCACCUUUCCUUCCCCCCCCCCUCUUCUCUCCCUGCAUUUCUUUCUCUCUCUCUCCUCUUUUCUUUCUGUCUGUCUCUCCCUCUCUCUGGCCUCACUCCAGUCACAGAAGAUUGGGAGCUCAUAGUCUAUUUAUAGCCCGGUGGUUCUGUCACCAUGACAACCAAGCUGGAGGCCAGGGCGCCAGGGAGCUAUUUUUGGAGCAGCUCUGUAAUGUCAGACACAGCCUUCUCUCUCUUUUCUCUCCUUCUAUCCCUCUCUAUUCUGUAUCAGAGCGACUUCUGGAUGUGUAGUGUAGCGUACCCAUUAAGCUAAAUUACGUUGAAAAUACUUUUCCAGACGUUGACGUCAGGUGCAUUUUAGGCGCUGAAUGAUAUAUGAAAAUGCUUUAUUUCCGGACAUCGAAAAUUCGUAUUUUCCAGACGUUGAAAAUAUGUAUUUUCUGGACGUUGAAAAUACAAAUUUUUCAGUCAUUGAUUCUAUGGCCAAAUUUCAACUGUAGAUACAGUGAGGGAAAAAAAGUAUUUGAUCCCCUGCUGAUUUUGUACGUUUGCCCACUGACAAAGACAUGAUCAGUCUAUAAUUUUAAUGGUAGGUUUAUUUUAACAGUGAGAGACAGAAUAACAACAAAAUAAUCCAGAAAAACGCAUGUCAAAAAUGUUAUAAAUUGAUUUGUAUUUUAAUGAGGGAAAUAAGUAUUUGACCCCUCUGCAAAACAUGACUUAGUACUUGGUGGCAAAACCCUUGUUGGCAAUCAGAGGUCAGACGUUUCUUGUAGUUGGCCACCAGGUUUGCACACAUCUCAGGAGGGAUUUUGUCCCACUCCUCUUUGCAGAUCUUCUCCAAGUCAUUAAGGUUUUGAGGCUGACGUUUGGCAACUCGAACCUUCAGCUCCCUCCACAGAUUUUCUAUGGGAUUAAGGUCUGGAGACUGGCUAGGCCACUCCAGGACCUUAAUGUGCUUCUUCUUGAGCCACUCCUUUGUUGCCUUGGCCGUGUGUUUUGGGUCAUUGUCAUGCUGGAAAACCCAUCCACGGCCCAUUUUCAAUGUCCUGGCUGAGGGAAGGAGGUUCUCACCCAAGAUUUGACGGUACAUGGCCCUGUCCAUCGUCCCUUUGAUGUGGUGAAGUUGUCCUGUCCCUUAGCAGAAAAACACCCCCAAAGCAUAAUGUUUCCACCUCCAUGUUUGACGGUGGGGAUGAUGUUCUUGGGGUCAUAGGCAGCAUUCCUCCUCCUCCAAACACGGCGAGUUGAGUUGAUGCCAAAGAGCUCGAUUUUGGUCUCAUCUGACCACAACACUUUCACCCAGUUCUCCUCUGAAUCAUUCAGAUGUUCAUUGGCAAACUUCAGACGGGCCUGUAUAUGUACUUUCUUGAGCAGGGGGACCUUGCGGGCACUGCAGGAUUUCAGUCCUUCACGGUGUAGUGUGUUACCAAUUGUUUUCUUGGUGACUAUGGUCCCAGCUGCCUUGAGAUCAUUGACAAGAUCCUCCCGUGUAGUUCUGGGCUGAUUCCUCACUGUUCUCAUGAUCAUUGCAUGGAGCCCCAGGCCGAGGGAGAUUGACAGUUAUUUUGUGUUUCUUCUAUUUGUGAAUAAUCGCACCAACUGUUGUCACCUUCUCACCAAGCUGCUUGGCGAUGGUCUUGUAGCCCAUUCCACUUGUCGUUCCCUACUGCAACAUCCCAAGCUAAUUUUCCCUCCUGUGCAGGUGGGAGUGAUCUCUUGGUAUGCUCAUCUCUCUCUAACAGCGAGUUGAGUAUUGAGAUUAAGACUCGAUUUAGGUUUGCAUCCUAACCACUCAGUUACCUGUAUAAGAACCUGCCAGAAUUCAUUUGAUUGAAUUGGGUCAAACGCUUAUUUGCUUCUAAGGGGACCUUACUGAACAUUUCACUGCGUUUUCUGGUUUUUUCAAUUGUUUUCUGUUGAUAUGUCCAACUGCCUUAAAUUAUUGAAAAUGCUCAUUUUUUGUCGUGGGCAACGUCAAAUCACAUGGGAAAAUCUUACUUCCACGUCGGAAUUCUUCAAUGGACCCAGCCAAUAGAUUUUUUUUAGUAUCAUUCAAUUAUAAUCGCACCAACUGUUGCACUUCCAUCCUCUUUGGAUGUCUUUAGCCUUCAGCCGGUAGUAAUCUGUCCUGACUCCUUGAACUUUUGGUCUUGAUGAUUGAUUGAUUGCUUCUGUGGACAGGUGUCUUUUAUACAGGUAACAAACUGAGAUUAGGAGCACUCCCUUUAAGAGUGGUCAUGGAUCAUUUAGCUAUUUGAUUUAGAAUUGUAGGACUCCUGUAGGUAUAACCAUUUUUUUAUUUUUUUAAGUAUUUGAUAACAUAUUGAAUUUGGCCUUUACUGGCAUGCAGCAUAUUGGCAGUGCUUGCUGUGACUUGUAGUGCAGCACGUCGUGGGCGGUUUGCAAGCAGGCCAAAAUGAAUUGACAACCCAAAUCAUUGCAAGGGCCGAGGGCCUUGUGUUUGACACGUGCUCUGUGUUUGACACGUGCUCUACGGGCAUUUCAAAGUUCCAGAGUGAGAUCUCUGCUAGUUUAAAAGUUAAGACCCAUUUUAUACAGAGAAAGUGGCAUAGUAGGCAAUGUAAACAGCCAUAGCCCUCCUUUUAAACUGGGUGGACACUACAUGUUUUUAGCCUGAUCUACGGGCUCCCAAUCAGCUCCCGGUGCAUUUUUCCAAGUCGUAGGAAAUCUGAGCAAACCUGGAGCAAAACAUAAUGCCGCAGCCUGUAAAGGGUAAGCACAUACCCGAUUUGUGGUUGAUCGCUCCCGGGCAUUAUCGCCAAGUGUGAGCAGUGCUCAUAGCAGAUGCGAGACAUGUCCCACUAUCAGCUACUCAGAACUAUAAAGGUUCUCUUCAACUACCUCACAAGUUCAUCACAACAAUGCCACCAAAAAGAAAACAAGACGCACCAGUGUGUGCACUAUGGUCUUGUGCCAAAGAGGAAAAAAUUGUUGAAUUGUGGCAGGACCAACAUUGCUAGAGCUACCACGACAGUUGGAGAGCUACCACGACAGAGUGGAGAAAGACCGACGGUGGAGGGAAAUAGCCCUGGAGAUAGAAAUAGCUGGUAAGAUAUGUUAUUAAUAGUGUUGUAGCUCAAGCUAACAUAUGUUUACAUCAGGUCAUACACAAAUUAUACAUUUUUCUAAUGUCCAUCAACGUAAUAUAGGAAGCCUUAUAUCAAAUAUUUGUUUGUGAAACAACAACUUGCGGAAACGUGUAAAAACAACAACGGGUGGCAGGUAGCCUAGCGGUUAGAGCGUUGGGCCAUUAAGCGAAAGGUUGCUGGUUCGAAUACCUGAGCCGACAAGGUGAAAAAUCAGUUGAUGUGCUCUUGAGCAAGGCACUUAACCCUAAUUUGCUCCAGGGGCGCCGUACUACUAUGGCUGACCCUGUAAAACAACACAUUUCACUGCACCUAUCCAGUGUGUGGCAAUAAAACAUUUUUUUUACUUUCAUAAAUGUUUAGUUAUCACUCUCUUUCACUGUCUCCACACACACACAAAACGUAACACAAACAUUACAUCUAAAUUUUUAACAGAUGUGUAUUUCCAUCUCUGUCAUAUGAAACUGCUGGCAUGUGUGGUGCGCAUUAGACCGGUGUUUUCUCGCUACUUCCAUUUUGGAACAUUGGUGCGCAUAACAUGUGUGCAUUGCUGCGCUUAUAAUGUGAAGAAAUAAUCGUUUAUCAACAUUUUAAGCUAAACUGUCAGUCUCGUUGUGUUUAUAAGCUAUGCAGGAUAUUUUUAGACUGCAGAGGUGACGCAAGCUAGAUCUACUCUGGGUUUUCAAAAGCUAACCAGCUUCAGUUAGCUUCACAUUCCAGCUCAGGCUUCAUCCGUACUAUGACGGUGGGUAUUGCUUGUCCGCCUGCCGCUAACUCUAGCAGGCUUGUAACUGCGCGUGCACAUCAUUGAGACAAUCAAAACUCUUCAUUGAGACAAUCAAAAUGAAAGAAAAUGUAUCUUGCAAAUUCAGCAGGCUAUGGUGUGAAGUAGGCUUUUAGGAGUGCCAUCUUUAUCUUAUUACUUAUCGUUUAUGUCGUUUUUGGUGUGCUUUGGUGUGCUUAUCACAAGUACAAGCACCUUUUUCCCACUCCUAUCAAUCAAAUAAUUGAAUGAAAGUCAUACAGAAGUGUUACUGUGCUUGAACUUUAAAAUGCAUUCUCUCAUUAAUAAAUGUGUAAUGUGAUAUAUUGUAACAGAACUAUUUUUAACACAAAAAAUUUUGAUUUAAUAAAAUAAUUAAUCAGUCAUCUUCCUCAAAUGAAGGGGAUGAUGCCGUAAUCUUUUCAAGAGGGAGGGAAUCUGAUUUCAUCGGUCCCCAUUCGCGGCUCAGUCAUUUCAUUCAGGGGAAGUGGAGUUAGCCAUGAGUUAGCCUGCCCCGGAGCAGGUUAGUUCUGAAGGAUUCGUUGCCAUAGAAAUGUACCUGGCUAAAAGGUGAGCCACUUUCGUAUGACCGGUUAUCCCGAGUUGAACUCAGAGUUGACCAAAGCUACCUCGCUAACUCCUCAAACCUGCUUCAUAGGAUACCCCAUGUCCACUGGGCAUCAGUUCAAGUAGCCUAUGUAGGCUACAUGCAGACUACAUCACGUCUCGUGUGAAUUCUUAUGUGGAUUAUAAUAAAGUGACACAUUUGUAGGGGGUAGAUGUAUUUAUCAAUUGUUUUAUCAUAUGUUCAAAGCAAGCAAUAGGCAGAAUACAUUAUUGGUGGUCUCAGUGCCUGUGCAGUUACGGCCGCUGACCCCGGCACACAUACGCCAGAGUCCACAUGGGUUCAAAUCCGGCCCACUGCCCUUUGACUCACCCUUCCCGUCUUUCCAACACAGUUCUAUCUCUUCAAUAAAAGCUCAAAGAUUGGGACUGCCCUACUCGUUAAAAAGUACCUUUAAGAAAUAAUAAUAGGCUUGUAUAAUAUAAUGAUAAUACAUUAUAAUGAUGAUCUAGGCCUAAUAAUAUGCCAUUUAGCAGUGGGAGGAUUUUAACAUUAACACGUGGGUGCAGAAAAGUGCCAGAUACUUGAAUGAUAAUGACCAAAUCAUUGUCGCACGAUUAAAGAGACGGGGUUGGCGCAAAUUGCAGGAGUGGGGAUGGUGAAAUCAGCUGUUCAAUCAGCUGUCAAUCAACUGAUGUCCGAAAUCAGCUCAUCAGCUCAGCCAGGGAAACACAAACGGUAGCCUAUUAUCAGUUUUCACACCUUUCAUUAUGUGACAAUGGAUAGGCUAACGGGUAGCCUACAGAAUGUAUUAGAAUAUAAUCAAAUAACAAGGGGCCUAUUGCAACCAUCAAUCGCACGAGAUUAUCACCAGUUGAUGUUUUGUUAAACCAUCAAUACGCGCUAAAUUCACCCGCACAGCUGUUCUGAAUUGCAACCAUUAUUGGUCACCUCAUUACCGCUCCCUAAAAGAUGUCGUCAGUGUUACCUUAGUCUAUUGAAAUAAAAUUUGAAGCCACAGUCCAACAAUUCCUGCCUGAACAUUGACUCCUACUGGUAUAUGAGGGGUAAUGUACUUCAGUGAGAACAAGUCUACCAUCUAGAUGCCUACCUCUAUAUACCCUAGCAACGCGCAUGCCCCGCCCACCUGAGGAUCUGUCUUUUUCAGCCAUCUAUUUCUUGCGUUUGAGGGGUGCAAAAUCCACUUGUCACUUAAAUCUCGCCGGAUUGCUUGCUUUCUUUUUACUCCUGCGACUCUUUCAUACUCUUGCUAGUGCCUGUCAUUUUUCCCCGUUAACGUUAAGACCGCAAACAUUUUUGUAAUGACCUGUCAAACACACCCUGGUAAUGGCUGAAAUGGGCUCAAUGGGAGACAUUGGCUUUCUGUUGAAUCUAUAAGAACGCUAAUGCUUCGUCUGGGAUUUAACCCACUGUCUUGACACUUACAUCACAAGAAAAAUAAGAAAGAUAACAUUAUUUUAAUAUUGUUGUUUUUUGGGGAGGGAAUUGAAAAAGUAAUCAUUUAAUAGAGUUGAAAUGUUUACAAAUUAGAUGCAUUGAAAUGAAAGCAACUUCCGAAAAUGAACACUUGGAUUAUAGUGGAAUUAUGUCUGAUCUCGCAAACAAUGUAAAGUAUGUUUAGAUAGGUGUAAUCUAGAGCCAAGUGUGUUGAUUUUUGUAUCCUGCUAUUGACACACUUAUGCAACAGAACAUCACAGCAACAGUAAUUAAUGAGGCAGUCUACAUUUUACAUUUACAUUUUAGUCAUUUAGCAGACGCUCUUAUCCAGAGCGACUUACAGGAGCAAUUAGGGUUAAGUGCCUUGCUCAAGGGCACAUAGUCUAGACAGCGCAGGUGAGUACAGGUAGGGAAGACAGAGCAAGUGUUUGGUGGUUGCAGCCCUGUACCGCCCCUUUAUGUUAAUGUAUUAAUAUGCAAAUACACCCGGUGUAUUUAUGCAAAUAGGGCAUAUUUAAUUAAAAGAAUACCUGAUACAAUAAGAAAAUACAGUGGGGGAAAAAAGUAUUUAGUCAGCCACCAAUUGUGCAAGUUCUCCCACUUAAAAAGAUGAGAGAGGCCUGUAAUUUUCAUCAUAGGUACACGUCAACUAUGACAGACAAAAUGAGAUUUAUUUUCUCCAGAAAAUCACAUUGUAGGAUUUUUAAUGAAUUUAUUUGCAAAUGAUGGUGGAAAAUAAGUAUUUGGUCAAUAACAAAAGUUUCUCAAUACUUUGUUAUAUACCUUUUGUUGGCAAUGACACAGGUCAAACGUUUUCUGUAAGUCUUCACAAGGUUUUCACACACUGUUGCUGGUAUUUUGGCCCAUUCCUCCAUGCAGAUCUCCUGUAGAGCAGUGAUGUUUUGGGGCUGUCGCUGGGCAACACGGACUUUCAACUCCUUCCAAAGAUUUUCUAUGGGGUUGAGAUCUGGAGACUGGCUAGGCCACUCCAGGACCUUGAAAUGCUUCUUACGAAGCCACUCAUUCGUUGCCCGGGCGGUUUGUUUGGGAUCAUUGUCAUGCUGAAAGACCCAGCCACGUUUCAUCUUCAAUGCCCUUGCUGAUGGAAGGAGGUUUUCACUCAAAAUCUCACGAUACAUGGCCCCAUUCAUUCUUUCCUUUACACGGAUCAGUCGUCCUGGUCCCUUUGCAGAAAAACAGCCCCAAAGCAUGAUGUUUCCACCCCCAUGCUUCACAGUAGGUAUGGUGUUCUUUGGAUGCAACUCAGCAUUCUUUGUCCUCCAAACACGACGAGUUGAGUUUUUACCAAAAAGUUAUAUUUUGGUUUCAUCUGACCAUAUGACAUUCUCCCAAUCCUCUUCUGGAUCAUCCGAAUGCACUCUAGCAAACUUCAGACGGGCCUGGACAUGUACUGGCUUAAGCAGGGGGACACGUCUGGCACUGCAGGAUUUGAGUCCCUGGCGGCGUAGUGUGUUACUGAUGGUAGGCUUUGUUACUUUGGUCCCAGCUCUCUGCAGGUCAUUCACUAGGUCCCCCCGUGUGGUUCUGGGAUUUUUGCUCACCGUUCUUGUGAUCAUUUUGACCCCACGGGGUGAGAUCUUGCGUGGAGCCCCAGAUCGAGGGAGAUUAUCAGUGGUCUUGUAUGUCUUCCAUUUCCAAAAUAAUUGCUCCCACAGUUGAUUUCUUCAAACCAAGCUGCUUACCUAUUGCAGAUUCAGUCUUCCUAGCCUGGUGCAGGUCUACAAUUUAGUUUCUGGUGUCCUUUGACAGCUCUUUGGUCUUGGCCAUAGUGGAGUUUGGAGUGUGACUGUUUGAGGUUGUGGACAGGUGUCUUUUUAUACUGAUAACAAGUUCAAACAGGUGCCAUUAAUACAGGUAACGAGUGGAGGCCUCUUAAAAAAGAAGUUACAGGUCUGUGAGAGCCAGAAAUCUUGCUUGUUUGUAGGUGACCAAAUACUUAUUUUCCACCAUAAUUUGCAAAUAAAUUCAUAAAAAAUCCUACAAUGUGAUUUUCUGGAUUUUUUUUCUUCUCAAUUUGUCUGUCAUAGUUGACGUGUACCUAUGAUGAAAAUUACAGGCCUCUCUCAUCUUUUUAAGUGGGAGAACUUGCACAAUUGGUGGCUGACUAAAUACUUUUUUUCCCACUGUAUAUAUGGCCUCCCGAGGGGCGCAGCGGUCUAAAGCACUGCAUCGCAUUGCUUGAGGCAUCACUACAGACCCAGGUUCGAUCCCAGGCUAUGUCACAGCCAGCCGUGACCGGGAGACCCACCAGGAUACUCAUGAGGCGGCGCACAAUUGGCCAGCUGGGAUUUCCUUGUCCCAUCUCGCUGUAGCGACUCCUUGUCGCGGGCCGGGCGCCUGCAAGCUGACUUUGUGGAGGCCAGGUCAUCUGAUGCAGCACUCCAUCACUCUCCUUCUUGGUCAAAUAGCCCUUACACAGCCUGGAGGUGUGUUGGGUCAUUGUCCUGUUGAAAAAUAACUGAUAGUCCCACUAAGCCCAAACCAGAUGGGAUGGCGUAUCGCUGCAGAAUGCUGUGGUAGCCAUGCUGGUUAAGUGUGCAUUGAAUUCUAAAUAAAUCACAGACAGUGUAACCAGCGAAGCACCCCCACACCAUAACACCUCCUCCUCUAUGGUUUACGGUGGGAACUACACAUGCGGAGAUCAUCGGUUCACCCACACCGCGUCUCACAAAGACACAGCGGUUGGAACCAGAAAUCUCAAAUUUGGACUCAUCAGACCAAAGGACAAAUUUCCACCAGUCUAAUGUCCAUUGCUCGUGUUUCUUGGCCCAAGCAGGUUUCUUCUUAUUAUUGGUGUCCUUUAGUAGUGGUUUCUUAGCAGCAAUUCGACCAUGAAGGCCUGAUUUACACAGUCUCCUCUGAACAGUUGAUGUUGAGAUGUGUCUGUGACUUGAACUCUGUGAAGCAUUUAUUUGGGCUGCAAUUUCUGAGGCUGGUAACUCUAAUGAACUUAUCCUCUGCAGCAGAGGUAACUCUGGGUCUUCUAUUCCUGUGGCGCUCCUCAUGAGAGCCAGUUUCGUCAUAGCGCUUCAUGGUUUUUGCGACUGCACUUGAAGAAACUUUCAAAGUUCUUGAAAUGUUCCGUAUUGACUGACCUUCAUGUCUUAAAGUAAUGAUGGACUGUUGUUUCUCUUUGCUUAUUUGAUCUGUUCUUGCCAUAAUAUGGACUUGUGGUCUUUUACCAAAUAGGGCUAUCUUCUGUAUACCCCCCCUACCUUGUCACAACACAACUGAUUGGCUCAAACGCAUUACGAAGGAAAGAAAUUCCACAAAUUAACUUUUAAGAAGGCAUACCUGUUAAUUGAUAUGCAUUCCAGGUGACUACCUCAUGAAGCUGGUCAAGAGAAUGUCAAGAGUGUGCAAAGCUGUCAUCAAGGCAAAGGGUGGCUAUAUGAAGAAUCUCAAAUAUAAAAUAUAUUUAGAUUUGUUUAACACUUUUUUGGUUACUACAUGAUUCCAUAUGUGUUAUUUCAUAGUUUUGAUGUCUUCACUAUUAUGCAAUGUGAAAAAUAGUACAAAUAAAGAAAACCCCUUGAAUGAGUAGGUGUGUCCAAACUUUUGACUGGUAGUGUAUAUAUGAGUUCAUUCUAAGAAAAAAGUAAAAUUUGACAAUAAAUUGAAUACCUGAAUUCCCACCAAAACCCCCGAACUCCAUUCAUUAUUUGUCUGUGCCAGUAAACUUUUAUAGGCUAUUAUUCAAUCAAUAUCUGAUGGAUUAUAAAAAUUCAAAAAGUUUGGAGUAGCUUCAUCCAUUGUCCAACUGUUGCAUUUAUAAGAAUUGUUUUUAAAACCUUUUAACAAUGUUGAUUACUGUUGCUAAUAUACCCUGCUUAGCUUUGGAAACCAGCUGUAUUCGAUUCAUCUGAGCUAUCAUGUUAAUACAUUUAGACAUUGAUCAGCUUCCAUACUCAUUUGCGUAGACUACCUAAAUAACAUUGACAUUGAUUUGCCCAAAGGACACCAUAAUUUCAACGUGAUGUAUACUAUCAUUCGUCCAUGAUUGAUUGGAUCUUUUGAAGUUUAGAAGUAGUUCCCAUUAGCCAUUUAAGUAGGAUACCAAAUUCAUGAUGUUAAUAAUAAACUUUUACGUUUGGAUAUUGUCUUUUAUAUAUGUUAUUCAUAAUAUACAGUAUAUAUACUAUCCAAGCAGAAGAUACAUCUCCUUCAAAUGUUGAUAUUUGGUUGCUUUCACAAUUCAUUCAAUCCAGUUUGUUUACAAAUUAUUUAUAUGUUGGAUUCACGUUUUCAUCUCAACCAAAAAUCGAAGUAAAAAAAUAGCACUGAAUCAAAUAAAACUUUAAAUGCACUUCAAAUAAAGUUUGAUUUGAUUUAGUCCUAAUCUUCAACUUAGAUUUUUGGUUGAGAUGGAGACGUGAAUCCAACACAUUAAUAACUUUUCGAUUAAAUUGGAAAUCAACCAACCAUCCUUCAUAUACAAGACAAUAUCCAAAGGUAAAAGUGUAUUAUUAAUAUAAUGAAUUUGACAUCCUAUUUAUCACCCACUAUGGUAACUAACUAAUGGUAACUAAUGGUAACUAAUGGUAACUACUUUAGAACUUCCAAAGGUCCAAUCAACUAUGGAUGAAUGACAGUAUACCUACCUACACGUUGAAAUUAUGGUGUCAUUUAUUGGGCAAAUCAGAUGACAAUGUAGCCUACAUAAACCCAACCUCACUCUGAAUUUAAUUUAACAUACAGCUUGUGUAAGAAAAGUUAGAGGAGUUACUUUCAACUUUUCAAUGUUAUUUAGGUAGUCUACGCAAAUGAGUAUGGAAGCUGAUCAAUGUCUAACUGUGUUGACAUGAUAGGUCAGCUGAAUCGAAUACAGCUUGUUUCGAAAGCUAAACAGGGUAGAUAGAGGUAGGCAUAUGGAUGGUAGACCCGUUCUCACUGAAGUGCAUUAUUCCUCAUAGUAGGAGUCAAGGUUCAGGCAGGAAUCGUUGGACUGUUGCUUCACAUUUUAUUUCAAUAUACCUCUUUAUUUAGAUUGAUAGCAUGAUGUUGAAACAAUGACGUUGAUUCAAACAUACUGUACCAUUUUACUAUCAACAUUGAAACAAGGUCAAAUAAAAUAUCUUAUCAAAUCAGAGAUUCAACAUAAUUUCAACCACCCAAUAUAUUGAAUAUAUGCAGAAAAAUAUUUUUUACAUUUCUAUGUGGAAUUUUCUAUGGAAUUUCAACGUAUACAUUGUUCUGACGAUUAUGUUGAAAUUAGAUUGAUGUAACAAGCUGUUAGACAGGUUAAGUCAAUGUAUUUAAGUUGAAGUUUCAAUUUACAAGGCUGUUUGAAAUGAGAUGAAAACAGUACUGGUUGACUUUUUUCAAAUCCAAUGCAUUUUCCACAUUGAUUACACGUCACAAUACGUUGACAAAUUACGUUAAAACAAUGUUGAUUCAACCAGUGUGUGCCCAGUGGGAUGUUACAGGUCGCAUUUAAACCUGUUCUUACCUCAAGCUCUUUUUGACAAUCCAUUUAGUCCUCUUUUCCGUAACCAGUCACGUGCCCAAAUUAGCUUCUUUUUUAAAUGUUGUCUUCGCUUUUCCGGAGCAUAACAAUGCACAUACAAGGAACACAGCAUCAUCCUUGGUUGCCAUGAUGAUUUCCUUACUACACUUGAGUAAACAUGCCCAGCAAAAAUAUAGCCUGAUUCUGGCCUGAUCGUCCAAUUGUACUGCCGUGGAGGUACCGCCAUGUGUAUGUACAAUACCAAUUACUAGUUCACUACGAUUUUGAUUGACUGAAUCGUUAAAUGUUCCACAUUUGGAAAUACUCCUUACACGUCUUCUUUUUAUAUUUAUUUUUACAAAUACUCCUUACACGUCUUUUUUUCUAAAAAUGUUUAAUGGUCAUGAAUCUUAACCAACAAUAAGCAAACCAAUGUUUUAUGCUAACAGAAUGUGUUCAAAGAUUUGUAGAAAAUGGAAAACUGUGAGUGGACAAUGUCUUUUUUUUGUGCAACGUUUAAAACAAAAUGAACUACAUGUUUUAGUUCAAUGACGUGAACUUGGCAAAAAAUUAAAUAAAUGCUGUAGAAUGUUGUCGGUUGGCAGUAGAUCCCAUACAUUUCUCGGUGGAAAAUGUCAACAAAUAGUCAUUGUUGUACAAGUCAUAUGAUUCAUGUCCAGUGUGUGGUGUGUGUGUGUGUGUUGUCUAAGAUGUUUGGAGCAAUGCCCCAGAGAUAUUAAGUUAUGCCAUGCUGUAGCCUGCUUUGUAGAACAUUCCCCUGUUAUCAAACUUAGGAUACUUUUACUUAAAGUUAAAGAUAUAUGAAAUUAAUGGAAACCUCACAAACUGGGGCUGUAAGUCUAAUUACAAGUUACCAGUGCUGGACAAAUAGAUAUAAAGAUGAUAUCCUAGAAAAUACUUUUGAGAUCACCAAUAUAACUACUUUUGAGAUCACCAAUAUAACUACACCAGAUUAGUGUACCUACAUGUAGCGGUAUGGGCUGAACUGUUACUGGGGCAACACUAUUAUUCAGUCUGACUACUGGGGAGGGUUAUUAUUGGACUAGCUCUAUUAAUAGGGAGACAUUCUAAAAUUGAGAUGUGUAUUUGGACUGGAUCCGUGGACACAUCAGAGCAGUUGUGGUAUGAGACCAGCCUCACCACUCAGUCCCAAGAGGGAGGUGGUAGCUUGCUGGCUCUUUAUGCGUGGGGAUGUAUGUGUCUGUGUGUGUGAGAGAGAGAGAGAAAGAGAGAGCGUGAGUGUGUCUGUGUGUGUGUGUGCCUGUCUGUCUGUCUGUCUGCACAACCUCCCCCCUCCUCUCUCUCUGUGUGUGACCUGCAGCCCUCCUGUCACAUUUCACCCCAGUGUGUCACAUUCCUGGUUAUCUCAGGGGGGUUACGUACCUCUGCUCUGAGAGGCAGGAAGGCGGACAGGCAACACACUGUUUCUCCAUGGUGGGGUACUGGACGUGAGGCGGGUUACCAGGCCUCCCUAUUCCAACAGCAAGUCUCCCUGGAGAUCUUCAGUAAUGCCCUGAAUCACUGCACUUCCCUGUGGAAAUGAGCUGUUUUCCCUUUAUUUCACACAGCAGUCAUUCUAUUUGAUUGGGACGACACAACACACAAGUCCGCUCUGAUGUUGAAACAUAUAGCAUAUGUCUGUGGUGUGAGGUUAGGCUUGUCACACCAUUCUAGCAAGACCCUCUGCCCAAUUGACUGGACCAAUGACGACAGUCCACACUUAGGGUCCAGGUUCACAUGUAGAAAAAAGGGAGGGUCUCUUAGGAUGGAGGGGUGGAUCCGAUUGGCCUCUGCUGGCUGACGACGACAAGUCACAUCAGUCAGUCAUCUAUAGACCAUUAGCUCUCUAAAUUCAGCAUAAACAUGUUUCAUGGUUGAACUGUGUGCGUCUAACAUUUAAAGUCUCCCCCUCCCCCUCACUAUUACUACUACAGCAGCUCCAUUGACUACAGUGUCUGACAGAGCAAACGGCUGGUGACUCACACUGCGAGCCUCUGUGAUCUCGCUGUGGAGAAAAAAAAGACACUCCCUCUGCUGGUCAUUUGUGGAAGUGUUCUCCGUCUUUUUGCUUUACUGGUUGGUGACUUGUAGGCUCCCUUCCCUUGUCUGUCUGGUAUGGAAUUUACCAGAGGUGGAAUGCCUACCAAUGUCAUCCUGAGAAUAUGUAUGGUCUGGUCAGUUUGACAGCAAAUGUAUGAUGAAACAUUAUGUGUGGUAAUGGUUAUCCCUCCAUGUCUCUCCUGCAGCUGGCUGAAGCCCUGAGUUCACAGACAGAUAACAGGAAUGUAAUGUUUCAAAUGCAGCCAUAACACGCAUUGAGGUUUUGGUAUUAUACAACAGUUCUGGUUUGACCAUUUUUGAUGGUUGGUAAUUCGGGGUACUGUGUGGGGUUUGGUCAUCUGUAGCUCAGGAAAGAGGAAUGUUGUUAUAGGAUGUAAUGCAAAGGAGUCAUUUCUGUUAAUUGUUAUGCACAUGAUACUCUCUAUAUAUCCUAUUGUGUGACCUUAGCUGUCAAGUGUGUCAUCUAUUCUGCUUCCGCUUUUACAGCUUUUUAGACAAGAUUGAAAUCGUGAAGCAGAGUGACUACACUCCCACUGAUCAGGACUUGUUGAGAUGCAGAGUACUGACUUCAGGGAUCUUCGAGACAAGAUUCCAAGUGGACAAAGUCAAUUUUCAGUGAGUUUGAUGUGUCAGCCAUUUUUCUUUAAAUGGAAGAUGAAUACCCUAGUAAACUGUUGAUCCCUUUGUGUUACUGUUACUUGUUAUCAGUUGAUCUAUUGGGCAGGAAGUAACUCUCGUUGUCUUUUCCCCUCUCCCAGUAUGUUUGAUGUUGGAGGUCAGAGGGACGAACGCCGAAAGUGGAUUCAGUGUUUUAAUGGUAAGGCCUCUGUACCACCCAAUACUGUUGUAUUUCUACCCGCCGAUAAGUGGAUAGCAAAUGGCAUGGGGAUGCAUCCACCUUCACAUCCAUGAACAGGUCCUGUAUCAUAUCUAACCCAGUGGUGAUUCUCUCUGCUUGUCUGUCCCUCCAGAUGUGACGGCCAUUAUCUUCGUGGUGGCCAGCAGCAGCUACAACAUGGUGAUCCGGGAAGACAAUCAGACCAACCGGUUGCAGGAGGCCCUCAACCUCUUCAAGAACAUCUGGAACAACAGGCAAGACCUCUCAAUGCUCUCUCCCCCUUUUAGUCAUCUCCCUCUCUCUCCCCCUCACAAAGCCAUUACUGUCCUUGACAUACUGAAUUGUUGUGUUAAUCCCAGCCACAGCAGUUGCCGAUAGGGAUUUUUUACCCUUUGUGCUCAUUUAAAAUUCAAUGCGCCACAAUUCAAUUUAAUUUCUGGCCUAGGUCAAUGAUUUGUAGAACCGUGGUGUGCUGUGUAAAUGUAUUAGUCAUUGACUUGAAUACAUCUACCUGAACUCACUUUGUUGUUGUUUCUCACCUCAGGUGGCUACGGACUAUUUCUGUCAUUCUCUUCCUGAACAAACAGGACCUGCUAGCAGAGAAGGUGUUGGCAGGGAAAUCUAAAAUUGAAGAGUAUUUCCCAGAGUUUGCACGCUACACCACGCCAGAUGAUGGUAAGAGAAAUACAGUAAUACUCUUGAUCAACUAUCUACUGUAACUAUUCAAGGCUGUCGAGAUCAACUAUUUUAAGUUAAUCUGUAAAUGUAACAAUUGUAAUAAUAUAACUUGGAACACUUUGGAACUUUUUGGUGAAGAAUGAAUCUUGUUGACAUGGAUUAUUUUACUGAUGGAAAUGAAAAUGUCUAGUAUACGGUGAUUAGACAGAUGAUGAUUAUAUCAGUGAUUUGGUCUAUUUGUCCUUCUCAACCAGCAACACCAGAGCCAGGGGAGGAUCCUCGUGUCACAAGGGCAAAGUACUUCAUACGUGAUGAGUUUCUGGUACGUGCCUUUAAUGUCCAUUCACCUUUUUGUUGACCUUUUUGUAUGAGACUGUGUGUAGCAGUCUCAGACCAAUAUGCACACAGCCCUAUGUGAAUAUGAAUCCCUUCUCUUCUCUGUGGCCUUUUCAGAGGAUCAGCACAGCCAGCGGAGACGGAAGGCAUUAUUGUUAUCCCCAUUUCACCUGCGCAGUGGAUACUGAAAACAUCCGGCGCGUCUUCAACGACUGUCGAGACAUCAUUCAGAGGAUGCACUUACGACAAUAUGAGCUCUUGUGA